CGCUGCAGAGCGCUCAGGAUGCUCCGGGUGUCUGCGACCCUCCGUGGCAGGGCAAAGCCACGGGGGCGGGCCGGGAACGCCACGCCGGCACCAGGGAACCAGACAGGCACCUGUGCUCAGCUCCAUCCACCCCCUCGAGGCACCUUGCAAGUUGUCCGUGGAGAUGGCACCUCACUGGGGACUGUGCUCAUGUUCCACUGCCCCUCUGGACACCAGAUGGUGGGGUCUGGCCUCCUCACUUGUGCCUGGAAUGGGAGUGUCGCUGACUGGUCUUCAGGAAGCCCUGUAUGCAAAGCUGUGCCACCGCAUGAGACCUUCGGCUUCAAAGUGGCGGUGAUUGCCUCCAUCGUGAGCUGCGCCAUCAUCCUGCUCAUGUCCAUGGCCUUCCUCACCUGCUGCCUCCUCAAGUGCGUGAAGAAGGGUGAGCAGCGGCGUGCCGACAGGACGGCACAGCUUUGGUACCAGCUGAGAGGCGAGGACCUGGAGACGGUACAAGCUGCCUACCUGGGCCUCAAGGGACACAACUACAACAACAGCAGCAGCGUCGGUGGUGGCCAUGGUGGUGCUGGAGGUGGUGGUGGUGGAGGCAAGCCAGGGAUUCAGCACAGCCAGGCCCAUGACAACCACAGCUUCACCACAGACCUCAGCGACAUCAGAGAGCAGGCUGGUGUGGCCCGCAGUGUGGACAAAGACCCCUGGACUUUUGGGAUGGGAACUCCGAGCCCUGGUGGCUCCUCCAGCUCUCCAUGCACUUACGUGAUGGUCCACGCGAUGAACUCUGCAGGGCCGGCCCCUGGAAUGCCUAUGAGGCCCAAAGUCUACCUUCCAGGGUGACCCCACCAGCCAGAGGCCUGCAACUCAACACUUGCCCAGCUGGAGAUGGGCCAGGGAAGUCACUUCCAGGUAUAGGGAGCUCUUGGGAGCCUAGCUGACAUUAAAGGCUGGGACCCCAGCAAG